AUGCCAACUCUCAACCCCCAAAAGAGAGGAAGAAGUGUCAUGGCGGCGCCCUUAACGCUCAACCCGUAGAAUUCCUAACAGUUUUUGGUCUUUCCAGCCUCGUCAUGAAAUUCAGAGACGUGAUGAAAUGGAACUCCAGAGUGUCCGCAGUUUACGCCGUGGGCAUCUGGACAAUGGUCGGCUCCUACGCUUACUAUAAAUACACAGGUCGUUUCGACGAUACAAAAGUGACAACAGAAAUCGAAGAGCCAGAAGAACCCAACAAACAUGUCUACAAAACUGCUCACUCCAAAACGGUCAUCAUGUACAAGGAGGACUUCGUCCCGUACAGCAGGAGGAUCUACGAUUUCAUCAAGUCGUUCAGUGGAGAACCUGGACCUGGAGACGGCAAAGAAUAGCUGCCGGACUGGACAUAAUGUGUUGUGUGAAUCUGAAGUGAGAGGAUAUUAACGCUGAAAGACACGGUUGCUGCUAUGUUUGGAUAUUUGGAGAGGAUCUCCACUCUUUUUUUGUUGUCUGUCAAAAACAUUCAGGACUAAUCAUCUGAGCAAAACAAUGAUUGAGUUUUCACACAAACUAAUUUUUCAUUAAAGCUCAAGAGAUUUAUGAGUUUCGCCAAAUCAGUUGUUUCAUCUCAUUGGUUUUACUGCAGAAAAUGUGGUCUGCUAAACAUUAUGGGUCACAAUUUUAGAUAGGUUGAUUUAUUUCUUUUGAAACACUUAUUAAGUAUGAACAGAACUGCUCAUUUUAACAUUUAUAGCUUAGGCUAAUUUGUUAUGUUUGUCCCUGGCACCCUCAUUUUGUCCUUUCCUACUUCCAUUUAGUAUCUGUAACAAACCAUUUCAUACACAUACACUUAAACCAUUACAUAUCAGUUUAUUUCUCUUGGUAGUUAAGUAUUUGUUUUAUUAACUAUGGAGGUGAAUAAUCAUACAAAUACCCAGUGUCUAAUUGUAUAUUAUUUUCUAAAAACUGACUGUUGCAGUCUAUUUCCAAUCCCCACUUUGGUCAGCUGAUUUAUCAAAUCUGAGAGAUUAUGACCUCCAUCUACAAAAGCAAGAAGGGGUGAAAUGUACAGCACUCCACAUUUUUGUACCUAUCAAAUGUGGUUCACAUUUUAGGAAUUAAAAAUAAGGAUUAUAGGAAUUUGAAGAUCAAGUGUUUUUUGAAAUGUGAUAGAUUGUAUUUGCAGAAGAAGAAAAAGUAACUUGCUCCUUAAUCCAGAAGAGCAGUUUAAUUACCAGGGCAGAAUAAAGAAUAAACCAGACAAGUGAA